UAGCAUUUAUCGGAUAUGACGUCCAGUUUCGUAAAAACAGGCGACCAAUCGGAGCUGUCUCUACGGCAAGUGACGUCCGAGCAUUUGAGAUCAACAAACACGACCAAUGAACAAAACAGCCAUGAGUAGCGCGUGGCAUCAGUCCAGGAGGGGUCGAGGACACAGGCAUAAGGAGCAGGGUCGACCGAACAGGGAGCGGGCGGUGGAGCAGACAGCUGAAGACUCGGUGCCCCGCGGCACCUGUAUGACUAUGUGCCCUGACUAUGAGUUACGCCAGCGGGAGGCCCAGAAUCGACUGCACAGGUUUGAGAUGUUGGCCGGCACAGAGCGGGAUCGCUUGCCGCGUGCUGAUGUGUCACGUGCCGUCAAAGAGUACUCGCGACCUGCCGCGGGGAAAGACUCCACGAGAGCCAGUGACCUUCGACCUCCAUCUGUGCUUUUAAAGACUGUGUGUUACCUAGUUGAUGACAUUGCAGCUUCCUCUACAUUUCAGCCAUGGACAGAGGUGUACAGUUUUGUGUUUGACCGUCUGCGUAGCGUUCGGCAGGACAUGAUUAUCCAGCGCGUGUCGGGGCCGGACUGUGUGGCUGUGCUGGAGAAAAGCGUGCGUUUCCUUCUCUACGCCUCCUACAGACUCUGCGGGCAGCCACUUCAAUAUUAUGACCCGCGUAUCAAUGACACGCACCUGCAGGAAAGCUUGAGCUGGUUGCUGGAGAGCUACAGAGAUGGGAAACACCCGCAUCAAGAGGAGUUCCAGGCCUUGAGUUUGCUCUAUAAUUUGGGUUCAACUCAUGCCAUUCAACAUGUUCUUGAGCUUCCUGAGAGAAUACGCAGCUCUCCGGCUGUUCAACUCGCUCUGGCCGUGAGUAGGGCACAUACAGAGCGCAACCCAGUUCGGCUGCUCCGUCUAACCCAGAGACUGGACUUCAUCCAGGUCUGUGCCGUCCACCGACACCUGCUGCCCUGCAGGAGAGACCUGCUCCUGCUCUACAGCCACGGACACAACAGCCGCAACUGCCGCUACCCUCUCCAGAGACUGGCACGCCUCCUCUUUCUGAAGGACCCGCUGGCGGCUGAGCUGUGCCAGGAGUAUGGUGUAAACGUCAGCGGAGAGUGGGUGAACUUCUCUAAGAGCUCCUUCACUGAAGCUCCGUCUGGAGAUCUGCAGUGCAGACGUACGCAUGAGCCGGUGGAGGACGAGCAGUGGAACUCUUCUGCUGGCAGUGAGAUUCAUGGCUGUGCCUGAAACCACUGCUUUAAAGUGUUGUUCGUUUGCACUGAUUGUUUCACUAUUGUUUCAUCAUGUCCUGUUUGUGAUCUUUUAAUAAUGCUCAUUUCAGAGCCAUUUCCCACUUCUGAACUGGUUUCAAUAAAGUUUUUGUAUUUUAUAUAUAUAAAUUAGUGGUUGACCAAUAUGUGUUUUUCAGUGGCCAAUGCCAUUAUUGAGAACAGAAGGUUGGCCGAUGCCUAAUAAUUAGCCAUAUAUUAGUGAUAUAGGCUAACACUGUUUCUUAACCAGAAGUGACACAAUGAAGCAAUAAAAGAAUCCCUUAAAUGUAAAUCUUUGUUAACAAAUGCGACAAGCAAAAUGAAUUUUUUGAGUUGCUUGGUUCUGUUUUAAGUCGUUUUGCAGAGUUGUCCCGCCCACCAUGAAAUCCCUUUGGUUCAAACUCUGCACCACAUAUUAAACAUAUCAAAUGUUCUGAUAUCAAAUAUGUUCUGGUUAUGAUUGUGCUGUACAGCUAUUUUGUUUUCAAUGUGAACACAUUGCUUGUUGCUGGAAAUGUCUCUUGGUUAUGAUGAGGUGUAAGGCUUAACACUUGUUAAAAAAAUUAAACUUUUUUUAAACAGUA